CAGACGAUUGAUUCCCCCCUGCUUCCCUUCGUCCAAAGACGCCACCUUGAUAAUCCCGUGCGCUUCUUCUUCUCCAAAUCGAUCGAGAAGCCAUGAGCAGCGCCGAGUACGACUACCUCUUCAAGCUGCUCCUCAUCGGGGACUCCUCCGUCGGCAAGUCCUGCCUCCUCCUCCGAUUCGCCGACGACGCGUACGUGGACACGUACAUCAGUACGAUCGGCGUUGAUUUCAAAAUCAGGACCGUGGAGCUCGAUGGCAAGUCGGUGAAGCUGCAGAUUUGGGACACAGCAGGCCAGGAGAGGUUCAGGACAAUAACAAGCAGUUACUAUCGAGGAGCCCAUGGAAUUAUUAUCGUAUAUGACGUGACAGAUAGGGAAAGCUUCAACAAUGUCAAGCAGUGGUUGAGUGAGAUUGAUAGGUAUGCCAGUGACAGUGUGUGCAAGCUUCUAGUUGGGAACAAAUGUGAUUUGGUUGAUAGUAAAGUCGUUGACACAGAGGAGGCCAAGGCUUUCGCAGAAUCGUUGGGAAUGACUUUCCUUGAGACAAGUGCAAAGGAAUCCAUCAAUGUGGAGACAGCUUUCUUAACAAUGUCAUCAGAAAUCAAGAAAAGGACGGCAAGCCAACCUGGGGCGGCGGAGAGGAAAUCAACCAUCCCCAUUGGGAGGCCGAUACAGCAGCAGCAGAGCAGCUGCUGCUCCUCAUAACCUCACCAAGACUCCGUUCCUACAUCCCAUGGUAUCUUAGUUGAGCGUAUUGAGGCUGGAAGAUUCAUCAUCAAAGUCUAGAGUGAAUUGGAUAUACUGAAUUACAAAGAUUGUAUACAUAGUUUGUGUUACUACUUAAUGUUAACUAUUUGUCACAGCUUGAGUUUGUUACGCAGAUCUCAUUGGUCUUUAGUUCAUGAAUGUAUUAGGUGCAUUUGAUGGAUCUUUAAGUAACAAAAGUUGCAUGAAAUCUAGCUGAUUCAAGCUUGUCAAUCAGCUUAUCAUGCUGUUUA